CGAACCAAUCGGGGCCUGGUUUGACCAAUUCGGCGGCCGAGCACGCCUGCCAACCUGCGUGGUUCGUAGGGUCAAAAGAGGCCCGUCAAGGUUAUGCUCGACUCUGGCACCACGCCGGCAGGCAAGCGCAAGCGCCAGCCGAUCGAUGUCGAGGUUUGCUGGGGCAGCAUCCUCUCGGGCGGCGCGUCAGUGUGCGAGGUGGUGCCUCUCAAAGACGGAGCGUUCCGCAACAACUUUUGUGCACGGUGCAGGCAGCGAGGCGUGCUUGUCCCCGUGGCGAGAGUGCGAGUGACGGUCGGGACGGCUGAGCUCUCCAACCAACGGACCGCCGGCGUGUGGAACAGCCCGUCCCGCGAUGCGCCCUGGCCGGACUACCGACUCAUCAAUCAGACGGCAGACUGCACCGGCCCGCGUCUGGUGAUCCUGAGGAACGAGUGCUCGGCAGACCUCCCAAACCUCGCACCUCUGCCACCGCUGCCGGCCGUCACCUCCCUCCCGUGGCCCCCGCCCGGCUUCAUCGCCUUUCGCGUCGGACGGACUCUCGUGCCGAUGAUGCCUCUCCCGCGGAGCUUUGCCGUGGAGGCGGAGCGGGUGGCCGCCGCUGCGACAGGCGCCGGGACGCAGGCGUGGCAGCAGUACGGCAGCGGCCCCGGAUCGCCUGCGUCUCCUCCUUUUGAAGACGCGAUCGCCCACCGGCCGUCGACCUUUACUUCGCAAGCGCCCUCCCUGCUGCCGAUAGCGCCCUUCCCCUCGAUAGCGGUUGCGAUAACUACCUCCCUGUUGCCCGCCUCUGCAGCCGCCACAGCGCCCGCCGCAGCGCCCGCCGCAGCGCCCGCCGCAGCGCCCGCCGCAGCGCAGCCGUCCCCGCUCGCUGCGGGUCUGGCGGCGCACGCGGUGGACGACCUGGUCGAGCGCCUGGACGACUUCCUCGACCGAGAGCCUGCCGAGAAGAUCGCAGCCUUACUCGGCCUAGCCCCCCCGGCGGGUGCAUCGGCGCUUGCGCCGCUAGACGCUUCGCCAGUGCCAGCACCGCCCGAAACUCCUGGCGAAGGCGAGUGGGACCGCAUGUUCGCGGGCAUCUUUUCCCCCAGCGAGAUCGAGUCCAUAAGGCGCGACUGCUCAGGCGAUACCUCCGCGCCGCCCUCGCCACCGGCGCCCGACCCAGCGCUCCUCUCGCGGCCCAAACUCAACGGGGGAGCGGGCGCUGCGGUGGCUCGCGCACUGGCGGUCGGAAAGGCGGAGGUGCAGACCGGCUUGCUGCUCAAGCUCGCCUCCCUGCUGAUACUGCUGGCGAAGCAGGCCACCGCCGCCAUCCUCGCCGGCCACAAGUUCCACAUCGCCGUUGCUGCUCUUGCCGCAGCCUCGCCUCUGGUUGCAGGCUGGUCAUAUUUGGGAUACCCAGGAAGCAUCAUGACGCACCUUGUCGGCGGCCUGCUGAUAGUCGGCCACGUUGCCUGCGGCCCGCGUUUGACUGCUCGCUUGGGCACGACUCUUCUUGUGGUGGGGUACGCACUCUUCGUCGCAGCACGACUCGUCGGCUGGUCAACACUCGAUACGGCGCAGCAGAUCGAGCGGUUUGAUAGGCUCCAACGCGAGCCACUCGCCGGCAUUGCCUUCUUCGCAAGCUUCGGCGCGUGGCUCGGCUCCCAGCCAUCCGAGUACUCCUCGCCAAAGCAUAAGUUGCGCGUCGCCGCCAUCAUCACCGCCCUGAUGGUCGUCAACAGGACCAUCAUUUGGGUGCGCACCGGUCAGCUGCGGUCGCUGUCUCAAGGUGUGCUAUACGCCUGGGGGCCGUUCAACUUUGGAGUGCUGGCAACCAUGUACGUACUGUACCUCCGGCAGGAUGGUGCGAGUGCACGUUCAGGACGACGUGCAGCACGCGUGUGAUAGGGAGCAAGGGGAGAUGUGGGUUGUGGCGCUACGAGGAUGCGAGGACAUGCGAGAAUGCCGGCCACUAGCCGUAGCAGCUUGUCUGUCUGGGUGGAGAGGGCUGUAGGCGCGCGACGUUGGGGACGACUGUACACUACCUUCGAUGCGAGUCCACACCAUAGGCGCGCCCAUUGCCAACGCCGCAUGUAGGGUCAUGAUAGACGCUUUGCCUCUCCACUAGUCGUAGCAGCCUGUCUGAAGUCGCGGCGCCGGUGCCCUCGCAUGUGCUCUGCUGUACUAGCCAUGUUCGUUGCGCCCGCGGACAGUAGAAGCGCGCGCAGCUAUAUACAUUUUUACCGUAGUAACCGGCACAAACAAAAUAUCGC